UUGAGAGAGAAGUCCGAACAAAGCCGAACGUACUUUGACUUCCGAAUUAAUUAUUUUUCAACAAGUUAACAACAAACAAUCGUUUUAUAUCGCAUUUGUCCACACUUUUUCAACCGCAAAGAUGUCCGACCGUAAGGCAGAACUGGAGAGGAAGAAACAAAAGUUGGAGAUGAUGAGGAAGGAGCGCCAAGAAAAGGAGCGACUUAAAAAAAGCAACCCAGGUGCUGAACCAGAGCCAAAAACAAAAGGAUCAUCACAAGUUCAGUCUGCUGAUGAUUUACUUCGAGAUCUUGGCAUCCCAACACAAGACGAGUCUGCAGUGGAGCGAGCCCUGUCUGACAAGGGAGCUGACUCAACAGAGGGUAGCCUUGAACACACCCCUCAACCCACACCCACUAAAGUGAGUAAAGUGAAAGGCGUGAGGCUCUCUGUUGCUCGCGUGUCAGAGACAAAUAUCCCGCCAAAAGAAAAUGUGACGUACUGCAAGGAGACUCAAACUCAGAAUGUGGAGCCCCUGGACAGAGAUGUUCUUACUUUUGACGAUGAUCGCCGGCCAGACGACGACCAGGAGCCUGACACAGACUCGGUGGACGUGUCGCUGGGGGCCCCGCAGCCGCACCACCAUCCCAAGAUGCCCCACGUGGAGAUGGUGGCUCCAGCCCACACGCUGGAGGAUGAAUCCCAGCCAGGGCACCUGUUUCGACAGGCAGUUCAAAGAACCUGGUCACGUCACCAGGGGAAAUCGCUCCUGUCAGCCCCUAUCAGAGAGAUGAGUGAAGAUGAGAAAAACACGAUCCAGUUGUCGGAGGAGUUCCGCUACUUCCUGGAUCACUCUGCGCGCAUCGUUGAGCGGGCUCUGGAUGAGGUUCAGGUCGACUUUGACUACAGCAGGACUGGGGAUGAUGACCUUGCAAACAAGGACUUGGCUGGAGAAAGACUAAAGCUAAACAGAGAGUUUUUUGAUGAGCGUUGGUCGAAACAUAGGAUCGUAACAAGCAUGGACUGGUCUACACAGUUCCCGGAGCUGCUGGUGGCGUCAUACGGCGCCUACGAGGAUGCCCCCCAUGAUCCAGAUGGUGUGGCCCUCAUUUGGAACUCGAGGUUCAAGAAAUCUACGCCAGAAUACGUCUUCCAUUGCCAGUCUGCGGUCAUGUCAAGCUGUUUUGCCAAGUUCCAUCCAAACCUGGUUGUAGGCGGGACGUACUCGGGUCAGAUCGUGCUCUGGGACAACAGGGUGCUGAAACGUACCCCUAUACAGCGCACACCUCUCUCUGCCUCCGCUCAUACUCACCCAGUGUACUGCGUGAAUGUGGUGGGCACACAGAACGCUCACAACCUGAUCAGUGUCUCCACGGACGGCAAGAUGUGCUCCUGGAGCCUCGACAUGCUUUCACAGCCACAGGACUGUAUGGAGCUGCAGUACACGCAGACAAAGGCUGUCAAUGUGACCUGCUUCUCCUUCAUGUCGGGGGACGUGAACAACUUUGUGGUGGGCAGUGAGGACUGUACAGUGUACGCCGCAUGUAGACAUGGCAGUAAGGCAGGGAUCAGUGAGUCUUUUGAGGGUCACCAAGGUCCAGUGACCGGUAUAGACUGCCAUAAAGUGGCAGGCCAGAUCGACUUCUCCCCAUACUUUGUGACCUCUUCCUUUGACUGGACUAUCAAACUGUGGAGUAUGAAGGAUCGCAAGUACAUCCACUCAUUUGAAGACAACAGUGACUAUGUGUACGAUGUGCAGUGGUCCCCCAUACACCCGGCACUGUUUGCCAGCGCUGACGGAAUGGGCCGUCUAGAUCUCUGGAACCUCAACCAGGACACGGAGGUUCCGUCUGCCUCCAGUAUUCUGGAUACGGGUGCGGCCCUGAAUCACCUACGCUGGCACCAGAACGGUCAUAUGAUAGCUGCUGGGGACGAUAUGGGUCACAUCUACCUACAUGAUGUGGCUGAGAGUUUUGCCAAUCCUAAGUCAGACGAGUGGUCAAGGUUUGUGCACACGUUACAAGAGUUGAAACAACAUGCGGCUGAAAGAGAAGAAGACACUACAUUAGCUGGGCUCUCGAGUCCCAUACGGUGAUGAACUUAAUGGCCCAAUAAUUUUAGCCUCUUUGUUGGAAACCUAGGCUUAAAACAUGCGUGUAAAGUGUCAUCUCAGAUUAUCCUGUGCGGACUGCACUCUUCGCCUAAAUUGGAUUUUAAUUUUUAUAAGAAACUUUUUUUAAAGAAAUUUCCAUAAAAGCAAAAAGUUUUGUCCCUAAAUAGUCCUGUGCCAACGGCACAGGCCAACUGCACAGGUUAAUCUGGGAUAACACAUUUAUGCUUAUGCUUUAAGCCCAGUGUUUAACUUAAUACUUUGGUGUUAAAAGUGCAUGACCAAGGUACUUAGUUUUCAUUACAUAAUUUAUUAUAAUGUGUACAUGCUUGCUUUAUCAUAAGUUUACAAUUUUGUUAUCAGGUACUUCGCUUUUUACUUUUAUUUAUCUAAGUACCAAUAGUCCAUUGUUACUGAUAUUUACCUGAGAUUGCUUGUUAAAUUCAAAUAAAAAAAUGUAAACAUAAUGGUUGUUUUCUUAAAUGUUUGUGAAUUUUUGGUUCAUAAUCCCUUUUAGUUGGAAUAAUAAAAAAAAACGCCCAUAUAACUGUUAUUUCAUGUUAAGGCUGCUUUAUCUAAAACCCUAUGCUAAAACAUGAAUAUAUUUAAUAUAGUAUGAACUUUAAAGAUAGCUUAUUUGUUAUUUUUGCUUAUUCCUAUGAACUAUUGAUUGGUAUAUAGGUUAAUUAAACACACACUCUAUCAUUGUUCUAUGGUUGUUUCAGUGUAUUUUGGCAUUUUAAAAGGUAUUUAAAUUAUUGUCAUGAUUAGCCACAUAUGUGCAAUAUAUGAAGAUUGGACGAGUUUUGCUUAAGGAUUUGGUGUUCAACUAGUAUAAUAAAUGCAUACAAAACUGA